AUGAACGAUACCGGGAAUUGGUCACUCAUAUUUGAUCUGGGGGAUGUGAUCUUCAACUGGUCUCCAAAAGUGGGUCAAUCUGACCUUUCCAUUCACUUAUUGAAGGAGGUUCAGUCGACCGAAAUCUGGCGACAAUACAUAUGUGGCCUGGUCCAAGAAGUGGAAUGCUACAGACAAAUUGCAUCUCGAUUUGCGAUCACCCCUACAGAGGUUGCUGAGAUCUUUGACAAAGCUCGACAGACGAUUUCGCUGAACAUGGACGUCUAUAAUUUUGUCAAAUCACUUAAAAAGCAAUAUCCGGGAAUUUCUCACAUCUACAUCAUGUCUAAUGUUUCUGUUGUUGACUGGGGCUAUCUCCAGAAUGUACGGGGCUUUGCAUGUGAUGUUUUCGACGACAUAUUCGUCUCUUGUGCAAUGGGGGCGUGCAAACCGGAAUUGAAGUCAUACAAAUACCUACUUCAAAAGACUCGAGUCGAUCCCUCGCGAGCGGUUCUAAUUGACAACAAAACAGAGAAUAUCCUGGCCGCUCGGUCCCUUGGAAUACAUGGAAUCAUCUUUGAUAGCUUAAGUUCUCUGGAUCAGGCGCUGCUAAAUCUCUUGUCGGACCCGGAGAAGAGAGGACUGUCGUUUCUCACAUCGAACUCGAAGCGUCUACAUUCAGUAACCAGCAAUGGAAUGGAGAUUCGCGAUAACUUUUCACAGCUUUUGAUAUACGAGGCAACGGGAGUACUUGAUAUGCUUGACCUUGAAUGGCACGAAAAGACAUGGAAUUACUUCAUAGGAAGCCAGAAUCUUAUUUCUGGCCAUUACCCUGAUGAUCUGGACACAACGUGUCUUGCGUUAGUAGUUUUACCAAGAAAUCCUCCAGCAGCACAAGCUGUUAUGUCUGAGAUUCUUGACUUCACCACUUCUGAUGGAAUCUUCAUGACAUACUUUGAUAGUUCUAGGCCUCGAACCGACCCAGCUGUCUGCGUCAACGUUCUCCGGUUUUUUUAUCGUUAUGGUCACGGCGAGGACAAAGUUUUGUUGCCAACAAAAGAUUGGAUAUACGGGACCCUACUUCACCGUGCCUAUCUCGAUGGAACAAGAUAUUAUUCAUCGCCUGAUGUUUUUCUCUUCUAUCUGUCUCGUUUACUGUGGGAGAAUCCAGAUACGGAAAUUCAGCGGUCUACGCAGAGUUUGUUGACUGACCGUUUGAAAGAGCGCUGCAACACGGAAGGUAACGCUAUUGAAUUAUCGAUGCGAAUCAUCGCCUGCAGAAUGCUUGCAAUCGAAAAGUCCUCAGAGAUGGACAAGAUGAAACUGUUGAACCUGCAGGAAAGAGAUGGGGGGUGGCCCGUAAGCUGGCUGUGCCGGACAGGGAAAGCCAACGUCCACAUUGGAAAUCGUGGGGUUGCCACUGCAUUAGCAGUACAUUCAAUAGCUGACUGGGGAAACACCCAAAAGAGUGAGAGUGGAGUGAAGUAUAGCAGGUGGGGAUUCACCCAUUUGUUUCGUUAUUUGGACGUGCAACGUGUGACCCGUCAUAGAUAUGACCUUCGACGGAGGGAGUGAUCCCGGAUCCUCGUAUACUGAGAGGCGCGAGGAAAACUAUGAAUGCCAUCUUGUCCGUAUACAAUGUGAUAUAUUUUGAGCGCGGAAGAUAACGCUCUUAACGAUAAGGCCUUUUUUUUUGGCGGAUCUUGAUUAGCUG